AUGUGGAAGGCGACCGUGGACCGACCCGUGGACCGACACUCAUUCGACCCUUACGGCGAGGAUUUCUCCUCAGGGUCGAUGUACUCUGGCGUCCAUCGGAACGUUCUAGCACCUCCGACGAUCGUAGCCUCAUCUGGGGGAAGCGUUGAACGCCAGCAGGACGCACCGGAAGAACGAGACCGUAGCAACACGGGAGAUCCAUCUGAAGGUGAAAAUCUACUCCAUCUCGACCCAGCUACAUCACAGCAUACUCUUACAAAUGGUGAGAAUCAGCCUGAAAAUACCGAGAAAGACGAUGAAUGCAGCAAUGCACCACAACAUCAACAUGUUCGAAUGCUUGGUCAUGGCGGAAGCGCAAGCGUUGAGAUGGUCCGCGAUAUCGAUACGGGCUCGGUGUAUGCACGGAAGAUCACCAGAGUCUACUCUCGCAAUGUGCAAGAGGCAAAACGAAAACUUCUCAACGAAGUCGAGAUCAUGCGGCGCUUAGCUGCACAUCACCAUGUUGUCCAAGUGCAUGCCACUUAUAUCGAAAGAAGAGAGCUUACAAUCAUUCUUGACCCGGUUGCUGAUGGAGGAGACCUAGCGGGGUUUUUACAAAACUACCGUGACCAAGGCUUUUCCUGGCACAAAGGUUAUACCAGCGACGAAAAUCUUGUCCAGAAUAAUAUCCUGCGCAAAGCUCCGUACUGUUUAGCUUCAGCCCUAGCCUUCAUUCAUAAGCAGACCAUCCGACACAAAGACAUCAAGCCACAGAACAUAUUAAUCCAUCGAGGGCACGUUAUGUAUACAGAUUUUGGUUCUUCAUACGACUUCGGAGAUGCCGGCCGAAGUCAUUGA